AUGCACCAGCAAGGUGUAGUCCAUCGGGACUUAAAACCCGAAAACCUACUCUACUACAGCCCUGACAAAGAAAGCAAAAUAAUGAUAAGUGAUUUUGGCUUAUCAAAAAUGGAAGAUGGCAGUAUAAUGCCUACAGCUUGUAGCACCCCUGGGUAUGUAGCCUCAGAAGUCUUAGCCCAAAAACCUUAUACCAAUAGAUGUUUGGUCUAG